UUUUAAGAUGGUACAACAGGCGACACGCUGCCUGCGGUUCGUGGACGUCUCUGCGUGGGAUUCGACCUCCGAAGAAUGGCGUCGGCUGCUGCUGCAGCUCCCGGAUCACGAGCAGAAGCAGGUGAUGCGCUUCAUGUUCGCGAAAGACCAGAAGUUGGCGCUCGCUAGCCGCUUGCUGCAGCGACAGCUCAUCCACGAACUGUUCGGAGUGAAAUACGAUACAAUUGCCAUUGCACGCACGCCCGAGAAUAAACCGUAUUGGAAUCGACUGGGAAACCUUGCUCCCAUAUCGUGGAACUACAAUGUCUCGCAUCACGGCACCGUCGUGGCAAUUGCCAGUGAUUCUCGUGCUCUAGUAGGUGUAGACGUCGUCCGACUAACAGAUCGGCCCCAUCGCAAGACGUCAAUCGGGGAAUUCUUCCGAGCUUUUGCAGAUCACUUCAACCCAGGAGAGUGGGAAUAUAUCCGCGGAGCAACAGACGAAGACGGUCGAUACACCCGAUUCUACAGACUAUGGUCACUCAAGGAAGCGUACAUUAAAGCUGUGGGAAUUGGACUGGGGUUCUCGCUACUACGAGCCGAGUUCGUUUGCGUGAAUUUAACUGGAGAUAACCAUUGGGAGCUACGUUUGGAUGGAACGCUGUCGAGUGACUGGCAUUUCACGUCCACGCAGAUUGAUGCUGCGCAUUUGGUUAGCGUUGCGUAUGGACCGUUCUCGGCGAUGUGGAAGCCCGAGACAAGUUCUCUAUUUCACGGUGAUAUUUCUCAGUACGGGAGUGAUACUACUAGCACUGAGGAGAUUGCAACAUGGCAAGAAUGGAGACUGCAGGAUUUGCUGCGGUAAACACAGAGUACCGCUCUUGGCAACCCAGUUACAAGUGUGCUGUAUGAAAGUUAAAGCUCCAUCAGGUUGCCACUGCAUUGGCGGCAACGCGACAUUGAAUUCAAUGCAUCAUCGUUCUCCUCAUAACGAACGCUGCAUGGCCAAAGUUCUGCUUUAUGGAGUCGGGAACAGCAUUUUGCGCACCGUGGGCUUGAGGUCGUAGUAGAUUUGGUCCAGACGGGUGUCCAGGGUGUUGUCACACACGAUCUUGCCCUGUUUGGCGUACAACACGACGCCACCAGCCUUGGAGUCCGGCAGCAUGCCAUCCGCUGCCUUGUUGAGCGUCACCUUGACUUUGCUAACGUCCAGGUUGGCCUCCUUCUUCAUAGUGGCAAUGUACUUGUCCGUGGCCUCCUUGAGCACCAUCUCGGCCAGACGCACGUCCUUUGCACGCACAGCGACCACUACGUCGGUCUCGAACAGCUUGAUCAGACCCUGCACGAUGAGGUCACGCAGCAGCGCCUUGUUCUUCUCGUCGGCGGUCGUGUAGUUCCUCAACUGGGCCUGACCCUCCACAAUGAGCGUCUUCAGGAGCUCGUCACGCGCAAUCAUCUUCUGUCGUCGUGAGGCACCGAUCUCAGCCGAGCGAGCACUAGUAAAACAGCAAGCACAAGUCAGUAAUCGCUAUCGGAUGGCAAAAAAAAAAAAAAAGCUCAGCUCCCU